AAAUUUACGGUAAAACAUAAUAGUUGUUCACACCAGCUUAUAUUUAGUUACGGUAAAACGUAGUCGUUCAUAAAUUUACGGUAAAACAUAAUAGUUGUUAGUUAGAUUCUGAAAUUUCCAUAGGCAAUUGAGGGGGCAAAGGACUAGAAGUGAAAGAUGAGUAUGCCAAUUGCUGCUUCUACAACAAUCAAUAAAUAUAAUCCCAGUUGCUAUGAAGGUGAAGUUCUGGACCGUCUCCUCACAGCGAUUAAAAGGGAGAUAGAGAUAGCUAGAAACUCAGGCAUAGCUAUACCUGAGAAAAUUUGGUUUAAGCAGUUCUCAGUAGGGGUGAAUGAAGUUACGCGAGUGCUUGAGAGAAUGCCCCCAAUUCCUACAAAUGAACGCUCAUCACUAUCGGCCAAAUUGCAUUCUACUCGACUUCAGGUAAUACUAAUAGCAUCUGAUUGUUAUCCGCGGUUGCUGACCAAGCAUCUGGAAAGCUUGGCUAAUUCAAAAAAGGUACCAGUUGUAUUUGUCAAAGACAAGAAAAGAGGUUCUUUGAGAUUGGGUGAACUGAUUAAACUUAAAACUGCAAUUGCCAUUGGCGUUAAGGAUAAAGGAAACCAGUUCAAUCAAUUUGUCAGCACCGAAAUGCUUUCAUAACUCUGAAUGUCGUAUUGCAACCGAGGCUUCAUACAGAGACUUUGAUCUAUUGUGUAUUGUGGAGAUGCAACUGAUAUUUUUAUUACAAACCUUGUGAAAGUGAAGUAAUAUGUAGUUCCAAGAAGCUUUUAUCAUCUUUACAAUGACAUGUACAUCAAGGAAGACUACUUACAUGGUAUUGGUGCCGAACUAUAUAACAUGUUGCAGAGGCCUGCUGAAUUAUAUAUCUUAGUGUUAGCUAA